UUCACAGUUGCGUUUUGUCGGUGGUGUUAGGUGUGUGUGAGUUUUCUAUUUCUUUAAGUUAUUUUACAUUCAUUUGAGGAUAACACGUUUAUUAAAACAAUAGUCAUCGUAAAUGAACUAAACUAUAUCGAAGAAUUCAAUAUGUGUAGUGUAUAAACUGUGUCAUAGAUAUAUUUUCAAGUGUAUUAUAUAUUUACUGAAUUCUUGGUAAUUCGGAUUUUACCGCUGUAUACUUUGGAUGUGACAAUAAUGUUGUUGCUUGUGGCUUUCGGUCUGGUCGCAAGCGCAACGUACGCGCACGCAGGUUACUGUUCGAGGAAUACGUUUCCAACUAAUUCAUCAUGGAUGCACUUUACAAAGGAGCCAAUUCCGUUCGAGUAUGGAUUUCAGGAUAAGUUCAAGAGUAUACAUUGUUGUGUCAAAGGAUAUAGGAGUAUUGAAUGGUUCAAAGAUGGCGUGGCGUAUCCAUGGUCUACUGGGGUAUCUAACUUGAUCCUGUACCCUGAGGCAGCCAAUCAAACGCUUUACACACGUCGAGCAUCUCAGUCAGAUUCGGGAAAUUACACUUGCAGACUCAGCAAUGAAUCCAAUAGUGAAACGCACACACUACGACUAGAUAUAUUAGAAAAGCCGACUGACACACCUAAGACGAUGUUUAUCUCCAAGGAUCAGUGGGUGGAAGAGGGGAGUGGAUUACGCCUCUUCUGUGAAGCUCUCAUUAGUAGAUCGUACUUAGCCGACGCACGGAGUGACCUUCGCUGGUGGAAGAUGUGGCCUAAUGGUUCUGAGGGAGACUUGUUACCCUCGCAAAAUGAAGUGAAGACUGUCAGAGAUGACAUAGAAGAUAUAAUUGGUUCAUAUCUAAGUAUUGAAAAAUUAUCCGCCCAAGACUACGGGACGUACGCGUGUGUGGUACACAGCAAUGAUGUUGUGUCCAGGAGCUAUGUCACGGUUCAUUAUAAGAAUCGCGAAUGGUUAAGUUCUGAAGUGUGGUGUGGUACCAGCGAAGUCCAUUGGCGUACGAUAGCAUUGGGUGGGGCUGCGGCAGUUUUGCUGCUGAUAUCAGCGCUGGUGAUGCACCGGCGUUGUACACCGCGGUUGCUGCUCGCUGCUCGGCAGGCUCGGGCAAGGGCGGCGGCUUCCCAACAUAGAGCGAGAGUUCUUGAGAAAGAGUUCGACGUGUUGGUCUGUUGGACGUCCGUGGAUGCCGAGUUGGUCCGUGGUGCCUUACUCCCCACUCUGGCCUGCAAAUACAAUUAUCGCGUACACACCGCGGUGCUGUCCACGAGCCCGGACAAUUGGUACAAGGAAAUAGUGUGCGAGGCGGCCCGUUGCCGUUCAGUAGUGGCCGUCUUGUCUCCAGCUCAAUACUCGUCUCCACACCAGUUGCUGACGGCUCUGUGCCAGCUUAGGGCGUUGCCUCAGCCGCCUGUUGUCGUCUUGCUGCAGGACCUGCCAAAGUUGAAGCGCGAAGCAAAAGACGGCGGCGAACGUUUCGUAGAAGUGGUCAGGCGCACGCGUCUCAUCCCCUGGCGUCAUGUUCACGAUCGCUCCUUCUGGACAGCGUUGAGAUUGGCUUUGCCACUUCCACCGGCCAAUGACGCCUCACCACAGCACGAAAAAUCGUCCAUCCCAGCGGACCAGGAUUGUAAAAACUCACGUUCCGGAAGUCUGACAGCACUUGUAUGAGUUUCAUUGUUUGCGCGAUGUGUAAUAGUGUUUUUUAGUGGCUGACACUAGUGCUAAUUGAAGACUGUUGACACCUUCUCCGUGUCAAAAAUAUCGUAUGACAACUCGGUGUAUUUCGAUUAAGGCCCGUCAACUUAGGUUUCGGGAGCUGUCAAGCCAUUUUGACAUUUCAAGUUUAUUGAUAUUAACGGGCCUUAGAGUGAAAAUGAGAUUAAUCUUUUGAAGGCAAAUGAAUAGUUUUCUGGGAUCUCGUUGUCUUCUUAUGCAUUUCUCUUUUCUCUUUCUCGUGCCAAAGGGAAAUUAACAUGACAAAUUAAAAUUUUCGUUUGUAAUUUCUAGUAUUUAUUUUAUUUAUCUUUCGAAUUUUAGCCCGUUUGCGAUUGUCAGUUACAAUUGACAUUAUCAGCCGUUGUCAACUUUACAAUUGACAUUAUCAGCCGUUGUCAACAUUACAAUUGACAUUAUCAGCGGCUGUCAACUUGACUAGACUGUUGAUUUGACUUCACUCAACUUUUUUACAAAUUCUCUUAAACGUUCAUAUGAACAGUAAGCCAAGGCUGUCAGCCAGUACCCAUUAUCAGUCGUUGUCAUUUGAUAAUCGCACCUAUCGGGCUAGCUAG